AUGACCAGCAGUUUGGCGGAGGCUAUGCAGGCGCUAGCCAGCCGCCACGAGUGCAGCAUGGAGUCUCUCCACAAUCAUCUGCAGAGUUUGUCUGUCACAGAUCGUUGUCCGGACAUCCCGUCUGCUUCCAGUCCUCUGCUUCACGCUGUUCCAGUGUUGGAUGCCCGACUUCCUUCUCCAGAGCGUUGCUCUGGUGCUCCUGGUUCCUGCCGGACCUUUUUGGUGCAGUGUUCCAUCGCCUUUGAGCUUCAGCCUUCCGCCUUUCCCACAGAGAGGUUCCGUGUGGCGUACAUCAUGUCUCUGCUCACGGCCAGAGCUAAGAACUGGGGGGGCUGCCGAGGUGGGCGAUCUGCGCCAGAUUACUCAAUUGAUUUCAGCACUGUAGCAGCGAAGAGCGACUGGAACGCCUCUGCACUACUCGACGCCUUCUACCACGGCCUAUCAGACCGCAUAAAGGAUGAGUUGGCGGUUCGGGCUCUUCCUUCUGGGUUGGAUGAGUUGGUCGCUCUCGCCAUUCAGAUCGACAGUCGUCUGCGGGAACGGGCAUUUCCGCCACUUCACAAUCUUCGCCUCGCCGAUCGCCUGAAAGAGGAUUUCCACCACAACAGAGGUCCGACAGUUCUGUUGAUGCACCCGAACCAAUGCAACUGGGACGGGCUCAGCUCGCCCCGGUGGAACGACAGUGCUGCCUUGAGGAGAACCGAUGCCUGUGCAGACGCUAAUCUUCUGGACAAGACUCUCGCCUCUCAGCUGGGGAUCGGGCGGGUACUCCUGGAGAGACCUAUCCACGAGACGGCAUUAGACGGUCACCUUCUCUUUAGGGUGACUCACCAAACCACUCCUCUUCACAUGGUAAUCAGUCUGUCUGUCUCUGCUGAGUCCCCAGAUCACGCCGGUGUUCCCAAGGAAUAUCAUGACCUAAGGAGGUUUUCAACAAGGCCCGUGCCACCUCAUUACCACCACAUCGCCCAUACGACUGUGCAAUCAACCUUUUCCCGGGACCUAGGACCUAUCGGACCAGAAAGAAACUGGAAGGGCAUCGGCAUCUCCCUGCUGGUUAUUGUGGCAGUGCUUUCUCUCAUUGGUCUGUCCAUCGUUCUGCUGUCAAAAGAUGAUGGUGGUAAACCCUUCGGUUCACAGUUGACACUGGAUGACCUCUUUCAAAGAAACUUCCAAAUACAUGAUCCUGAUGCAAAGUGGAUCAGUGAUGAGGAGAUCAUCUUUCGAAGCUGGGAUGGAGACAUUAUGAAAGUCAGCACGCAGAGCAACGACACAGAGCUCCUGCUGAAGAACACAACAUUUGUGACUUUUAAGGCAUCAAAGUUUGCAGUUUCUCCAGAUUUGAACUACAUUCUUCUGGGAUAUGAUGUCAAGCAGAUCUUCCAGCACUCUUUCCUGGCCUCGUACCUGAUCUACAACCUGUAUACACGAGAGGUGCGGGAGCUGAAUCCUCCGGAGGUGUCGGAUUCGGUCCUCCAGUUUGCCUCGUGGGGCGUUCAGGGCCAGCAGCUGAUAUAUGUAUUUGAAAACAACAUUUACUACCAAACGGAUGUUCAGAGCAGCUCAUGGAGGCUCACGUCUUCUGGACAGGAGGGCGUCGUCUUCAACGGGAUCUCAGACUGGCUGUACGAGGAGGAGGUGUUGCACACACAGGUGGCCCACUGGUGGUCACCUGACAGCUCCAGACUGGCCUACCUCACCAUCAACGAUUCCCUGGUUCCCAACAUGCUCCUGCCCCGGCUCACGGGCUCUCUCUACCCCAGGGGGAAGGAGUACCCUUAUCCAAAGAUGGGACAAAUCAACCCCACCGUCAGACUCUAUGUCGUCACUCUGGACGGCAGCUCCCUGACAACUGAGCUGACACCUCCUGACAGUUUUGAAAAGAGUGAGUACUACAUCACCAUGGUGAAAUGGGUGGCACGGGACAGGCUGAGCGUGCGUUGGGUGAAUCGAGCGCAAAACACGUCAAUACUUUCACUGUGCGAUGUCACGACCGGUGACUGCACCAAGAAACACGUGAUGACAUCAGAGAAGUGGCUCGAUCGUCAGAAUGAGGAGCCAGUGUUUUCCAAGGAUUGCACAACGUUCUUCAUCACUAUGCCCUUAGGACACGGUGGUCGCGGGACAUUCAACCAUAUCACCAUGAUCUCUAACCAAUCUGAGGGUCAAGAGGUCAACCUCCGCCACCUGACCUCAGGAAGCUGGGAGGUCUCUCAAAUUCUGGCCUAUGAUGAGAGCACAAACUCACUUUAUUUCCUAAGUACAGAGGAAGGCUCAACACAGCGGCAGUUCUACAGAGUCUCCACACUGGAUCCAUUUCAUAAAGAAUGCCUCACCUGCUUGCUCUUCAAAUCAAAGUGCACCUCCUACGACGCCAUCGUCAGCCCAGACGAUCAGCAUGUUCUCCUGAGCUGCAGAGGUCCUGGAAUACCCCAAACUACUCUCCACAGACUAAGUGAUAUGAACAAGCACGCGACUGUGGAAAUAAACACAGCACUAAGAAACGCGCUGCUGAACCGGAGGGUACCCAAGUGGGAAAGAAGAACCGUACAAAUCAACAACUUUGCACUUCGUCUGGAGUUGAUUGUCCCAAUAGGUUUGGAUGAAACAAAGGAGCACCCGCUUUUACUAAUUCUUGACAGCGCCCCCGGUGGUCAGGCUGUGACGGACCGCUUCUCUCUCAGCUGGGACUCGGUGCUGGUCAGCUCGGACAACGUCCUCGUGGCUCGUCUGGACGGCCGGGGCAGCGGCUUCCAGGGUCAGAGGAUCCUGCACGAGGUCCACCAGAGACUGGGAACCGUGGACGUUCAGGACCAGAUCGCUGCUCUGGAGCACCUAGUCAGACUACCCUACAUCGAUGGCAACAGAGUUGGAGUUUAUGGAAAGGCGUAUGGAGGAUUUCUUUCCAUUCUCCUGCUCCUGUCCCACAGCUCCAUGUUCCGGUGUGGCAUCGCUGUCGCCCCCAUCACAAACUGGAGACUCCAUGGGUCGGCCUACACGGAGAAGUACUUUGGCUCCCCGGCAAAAGAGGAUCACAAAUACCAAAUUUCCAGCCUGCUCAGAAACAUCACAGCACCGGUUCCUCUGAACCUUCGUGUUAUCCACGGCACAGCAGAUGCCAACGUUCAUUUCCAGCAUUCUGCUGAGUUGGUCAAACUGCUGUCUGCGUCAAAUGUGAACUACACUCUCCAGAUCUUCCCGGACGAAGGACACAACAUGGCCUCCACCAAGAGCCAACACUACAUGCUAAACUCAGUGCUCACCUUCUUCAAGCUCUGCUUUGAGGAGGAGCAGGUUGUCGUCCCGGAGAAGUCUAAAGAGCACGACUAA